AUGUCCUCCAGCACGGCAACCCCCCCCGAAAAUGACGUCGUGGAGAUCCCGCCCCCAUCGCAGAGGCGGCCUCGCAGCCCCAACGCCGACGGGGCCGUUCGCGAGCCGACCGACAACUCCAGCGUUCCGAAGCCGAAAAGACUCGCCUGUAUGAUAUGCCGGAGGAGGAAAUUAAAGUGCGAUGGCGUGCGCCCAAGUUGUAGUACCUGCUCCCGACUCGGUCACUCCUGCGCAUACGACGAGGUGCGGAGGAAGAGUGGCCCCAAACGCGGUUAUGUGAAGGCUUUGGAGGAGAGACUAAAGCAAGUAGAGACGCUUUUGAAGACGCAAGAACCCAACGCAUCCCUCGCAAACCCUUCCAAAUCCAUCCCGAUUCCCCUCGAAAAUGGCGUUGGCCGGUCUCAACCACCUGGCGCGCCAACGAACUUCGCCGUUCCAAACCCGUCCAUCCCGAUGGCGAGCGACCAGGACCGGUGGCAGUUUAACGGCGAGUCUCCGCAGACCGCCGCCGUGGAGGAGUUUAACUUCAACGGCAACGUGCCCAUGAAUAUGAACAAUAUGAACGGCACAUUUACUUGGGAAAUGAUUGGGUUAGGUCUUGAGGAGCCGCUUCCUACACAAGACACUAUCGAUGAGCUACACCAACUAUACUUCGAAAAGAUCCAUCCAUCAGUACCGAUGAUCCAUAAAUAUAGAUAUCUUGCCGCUAUGAACCUAGCCCCCAACCAACGGCCUCCGGUUGCAUUGCGAUACGCGAUAUGGACGCUCGCAUGUUCCAUCACCGACAAGUACAGCGACUUGAAAGACCUCUUCUAUCAGCGGGCAAGGAAGUAUGUGGAGGCCGACUAUAUCAAAGGCUAUGGAGAACACAUGAUAUCCGUGGCCCAUUGUCAGACCCACGUUCUCCUCGCGUGUUAUGAACUCAAAAUGAUGUACUUUCCAAGGGCGUGGAUGAACACGGGUGCUGCCGUCAGGUUAUGUCAGAUGGUUGGACUUCACCGGUUAGAUGGUGCAGGCCUCGACGUGAAGCAAUGCCUACCACCGCCUAGAGACUGGACGGAGCGCGAGGAACGGCGGCGCACGUUUUGGAUGGCCUUCUGCGAGGACCGAUACUCCAGCAUCGGAACCGGCUGGCCCAUGUCGGUUGACGAGCGGGAUAUCAUGACGAAUCUGCCGGCUUCGGAAGAAGCUUUCGAGAUGAGCCGUCCCGAACAGACUCAAUCCCUCCAAGAUGCGAUGAGCCCUUCGGGCGCCACAAAGCUGUCCUCUUUUGGGAGCAUAGUGCUGAUGGCGAGCCUCUUCGGCAGGAAUCUAAUCCACCUCCAUAGGCCUGAUCCAGACGACAGGGACCAUGAUCUGAAUGGUGAAUUCUGGAAGCGACACAGGCAGAUGGACCACAUCCUGCUCAACACGUCACUCUGUCUCCCGCCUCAACUGAAGCUGCCGGCCGGGAUGAGCAACCCCAACAUCGUCUUCACCAACAUGAGUAUUCACACGUCAACAAUAUGUCUGCACCAGGCUGCGAUCUUCAAGGCCGACAAACAUAAACUGCCAGGCUCCGUUAGUUCGGAGAGUAAGGUCAGGUGUAUAACGGCUGCGAACGAGAUCGCCAGCAUUAUGCGAAUGAUCUCUCACACAGAUCUUUCUUCGAUCAAUCCUUUCGUGUGCUUCUGCCUAUACGUGGCGGCACGCGUUUUCGUUCAGUACCUUAAGAGUCGCCCAGACGACAGCCAAACGGCCGACUCGCUGAGGUUCCUCCUCUCAGCGAUGAACGCGCUGAAGAGGAAAAAUCCACUCACCGAGUCGUUCUUGGUUCAGCUCGAUGUCGAUCUGGAAGCUCUUGCGAUGAGGAUUCCGAAACUGAAAACUGCAUUUCCCCGGAGUACCGAUAGUCCUGCACCAAAGUUCUCGGCUCCGAGUAGCGACGCUGUGCGGAAUUGUGAAAACCCAGACGGCGUCGGCGGCAUUAUGGCGUAUCGAAACGAAUGCCACUUCAUGAGGGCCGAAGAGGAUGACGCCGAUCCCAGGAACGCGCCGAAUAUCGUCGACCCGGAACUGGAGAGGCAAAACAGCGCCAGCACCGGUCUGACGCCGGAGGGCCAAAACUUCGGAACCCAAUCGUGGAUGGCGGAGCAGCAAAUGGGCCCCGCUCGGGAGGCUCAUGGCAUGCCGAUGCAAGGGAUGUCGGUGAUGCAGCCGGGAUCAGCGGGGAUGGUCGGCUUCGUCCAGAGCGAAGGUAGCGGCGACUCGAACGAUAUAUCCGUCUCACCCGGCGCGCAAUCCAGCGGACCCACGCCGAACUCGAGCCACGCGUCCGACCCCAGCAAGAGUCGGUCCGCGGGCGGUCAAGUCGGCGGCUCCGGAAGCAACUCGUUCAACGCCAGCCCCGCACCGACGCACCAGACCAUCCCCUCGCAGCCGGGAGGAGUCGAUGGUGCGCCGGCGAACUUUUACGGCGCGAAUGCGUUCGGCAUCUCGAAUCCGGGGAUGGCUCCGAAUCAGAGAUACGCCGUGCCGCAGCCGGCGAUGGCGGAUUUCGGAAUGGCCGGUGGCUGGAGCGAUAUGCCUGGUCAGCAGGGCAUAGAGCCUGUUGCGGAGGGCGUUUUAAGGUCGCUUAUGAAUAUGGGACCUAUGGAUGCGAUGGAUCUUUCUUCCUGGGAGUCGGGGAAUUAA